AUGAGCGCUAUUCUCCCCGAGCAGGAAAACGCAGAGGUCCCUCAGGGCUUCACGCAAGUGGGGCAUGUUUUACAUUUGAACCUCCGCGAACACUGGCUCCCAUUCAAGACCCUCAUCGCCGAGGUCCUCAAAGACAAAAAUCCCACCGUCCGAACCGUCAUCAACAAGACCGAAGAUGUCGGUUCGCACAGCCAAUUCCGCACAUUCCCCUUCGAACUCCUCGCCGGCGAGAACGACUUGAACGUUGUCCAGCAUGAACAAGACUGCGAAUUCCACUUCGACUACGCCCGCGUAUACUGGAACAGCCGCCUGGAGACCGAGCACCGCCGACUCGUGGAGAAGUUCCGACCUGGACAGAUGGUCUGCGAUGUUAUGGCUGGCGUUGGACCCUUCGCCGUGCCAGCCGGUAAGAAGAGAAUCUUCGUGUGGGCGAAUGAUUUGAACCCACACGGAUAUGAAGCUAUGACGGACGCUGUCCAGCGCAACAAGGUCAAGGACUUUGUCACACCGCACAACAUGGACGGACGGGAAUUUAUCCGCGAUUCAGCGAAACGCCUUCUCGAUGCCGAGCCCGUUACUGUUACGAUCCAGCCCAAGGGUGGACGAAGGGACAAGAAAAGAAAGGCAGACGGCAGCCAAGAGCCUCAGUCUCAGCCUCAGCCUCCAGCCCAGGUCUACAAGCGCCCCUCAGUUGUGGAUCAUUACGUGAUGAACCUUCCCGCGACAGCAAUUGAAUUCCUCGACGCUUUCCAGGGUGUUUACGCAGGACAGGAAUCCCAGUUUGCGCCUCACACGGAGCAAAAGCUGCCCAUGGUGCACGUGUACUGUUUCUCUGGACACUCGGAGAACGAGGUCGAUGACCAUGUGGACAUCUGCGAGCGCAUCUCCGAGCGUAUUGGGUAUACGAUCACACCGGAGGAUCGUGUGGAUGGAAGCGGGAAUGCGGCGAUUGAACUUGCCAUCUUUAAUGUGAGACUGGUUAGCCCGAAGAAGCAAAUGUUCUGCGCUAGUUUCCGGAUUCCGCCUGAGGCUGCUUUUCGGAAGUAG